AAACGUCUGAGAUGGCUGUAUCGGUACACAUCAAAACUAUGUCUAUUGGCUGCUAGACGUCAAUUACGUCAAGAGCGCGCAAUCGACGACAGUUUUCCACCCGUGAAGUCCCAACUUCGUUCUGUACUGCUCUCCUCAUCCUUUCAUGCCAUGAAUCCGACCAGAAAAGACGACCACCCGUUUAUUUUUGGAUGGAUGAUUGCAAAAAUCUUGUUGCACAAUGAAAAAGGCAGGGUCAAGCCGACCCCACCCGCGCCCCUCGUCUGACUAUAUAACAUUCAAAACACAGACUGCACCCAUACAUUCUGCCGUCUCUCAUACAGAAUGUUGCAGUUUUGGAUGUUUCUGCUGAGCAUUGGAACGGCUUUGGCCGGUGUUCCAUAUCAUACGUCUUACAGUGCCGGAGUCGGUUACAACUCCGUUGAAGCGGCUGUGCCUCCGCCCUUUCUACCACAACUCGGUUAUGCUUACAGUAAUGUUUAUAGCAUGCCCAGAGCUGUAGUCGCUAAUGCUCCUCAUGUUGUGGUCGCACCGCCAGUCGAAACAUACACGGCUGCAUUCGUUCCAGCUGUAGAACAUCAUCCUGCCGAGGCAAGCGUAAACGUUAUCGAUAUUCAUCAUCCUAAGGUAUCGACAAGGAAAUUCGAAAUCAGAAGACCCGCGAUCGAAAAGCAAUUUUAUGACAUAGAAGAACGAAUAGUGGUUCGACCAGCUGGGAAAGCUGUCGUCGAACUCGAACAACCCGUUUCGAAACAUCAACGCGGCCCUGCGGUUGUCAGUUCGAUCUCUGCCGUCAACACAGUUUUUCACCCUUUGACUGUUACACCUGGACUCCAUACACCUGUCCACGAAGCAGGCGUCGUUCACACUCCUGUAGUUUCUCCUACUCCGUCGCCACCGAACGUGUUCUUACCGGAGCAACCACAGCAUGGGACUUUUCCAUCACCGCAAGAAAACUUUCCUCAGCAGCCUGAAAAUGAUCAAUCAUCGCAGUUCGACGACUCCGAUUCGGUCACCAUCGAAAACGCAGAGAUCGCCAACGUUAGGAGUCAAUUGCAACAGCCAAGCCCACAGCCAUCUAAUGUUCAACAGUUUCAAUCUGGCUUUGGGAGAACUGGACCGAACCAUCCGGCCAAUGCUCAACAGUUUCAGUCUGGCUUUGUGAGAACUGUAACGAACCAGCCAUCCAAUGCUCAACAGUUUCAAUCUGGCUUUGUGAGAACUGUAACGAACCAGCCAUCCAAUGCUCAACAGUUUCAAUCUGGCUUUGUGAGAACUGUAACGAACCAGCCAUCCAAUGCUCAACAGUUUCAAUCUGGCUUUGUAAUAACUGGAGCGAACCAGCCAAGUCCACAAUUUCAAUUCGACCUGAUUUCCCAGCACCAACACGCGAAUGGUCAGUUGGAACGGCGACCAUCCGUCGAACUCUUCCGAAAUCAGCAGGACUUGGAAAAAAGACUUCCUUCUGGUCAAAAGCAAGAAGUGCAAACUCGAUUACUGGCACAGAACGACCAGCAGUUCGAUCAAGUAAAUCAACAACUUUACCAGUACAAUCAAUAUCCGAGGACAAACAUUCAACCUCUACGAGCUCUAGAACUAAGCAGUGUUCAAGAAAAUCUUCGUUCCGAAGAUGUGUUGCGACAAACCUCAGGUCCUGAUUUCAAGUCCAGAACAGCCCAAGUUUCAAACCAAGAACGCUUGAUUGACCUUCUCACCGCCCGUGGUGGUGUCACCGAGGUAAGAGGAUAUGGCGAGGGUGCCUCAGGAGGAAGUCCAGUGAGAGCCCGCGUCCUCUCAGUGACCGCGAGCCCUCGCAACGCCGAACUCCAAGACGAAAAAGUAAGCACAAGAAGAGUCGUCGUCAACAGGCCGAUUACCACAGUCGAAGAAGUAGAUGUCAUCGAACCUUUUACAAAAGUCGAGCGUGUCGCUGUUAACCAGCCUGCUCUGAUCAAAACGUCUGCAGUCAAUGUGCCUACAGUCCCUGUUCAGCACUAUGCCUACACAGUUAGUCCCUUAAUUUAGUGUCAAAGUGCAUGAAUCGUUUUCUUAAAAAUCUCAAUUGAAUGUAUUAAAACUAUUUUUUAGUACAAAUUUCAUAAGUGCAUUUCAUGGCAACUGGCUGUAGAAAUGUUCCAAUCAUUAUUUAAUUGCAUAGUGAUAUAGAUUAAAAUAUUUCUAAAAAUUAAUGCAAUAGCUAUAAUAAAUACUGUACAAUAAAUUCCCAUUUGUUACCUUUUAUAUAAAAUAAAUUAUUUUUUCGCUUGA